CUCGCCGACACCGUACGAGGCCGGGGACAGCUUCGCGCGUUCUGAGCGGCCCACCCGUUGUCCGUCAGUGAUUAGGACUAAGAACAUGGAAACUCAAACUCAGCCGGAGAGAAAACCGAAGAAGCCUCAUUACAUCCCCCGUCCUCCUGGCAAGCCCUUCAAGUAUCAGUGCUUCCAAUGUCCCUUCACGUGCAACAUCAAGUCCCAUCUUUUUAACCAUAUGAAGUACAACCUGUGUAAGAACUCCAUCUCCUUGGUGUCCCUGCGUGGGGAACAAACUGCAAGAGCAUCCAGAGCCCCACAGCGCUGCACCUCCUCAAACCAACUCCCUUUAGGAGCCUCGAUGCCUGCUAAACCAAGCCCGAUCCGGCUCGACCCCCCAGAUCACCCGAGCUGCAAAGCUGGAACAGCAGAAAAACUUGAUGAGUCAGUCGUCCAAGAGGAACAGAGUGCGGAAAAGAUGACGGAAACAGAGAGUUCUGAGAAGACAUCUCAAAAGAACGUCUCUGAGCUGAAGAUUAGUGAGAGCAGGACUCUGGGUACUUCUGAGGGGCUGAUCAAGUGCACUUCGUCGUCGGCAUUUUCUCCAGUUUCACGGAAAUGCGAAAGUGAGACGCUAGUUUCACCUAACUUCCACUCAGGGCAAACCUGGGGUCAUCAAGCCACCACUGUACCCCUCAAACCUACAGCAGAUUACCAGCCAUACCUGCUCCCGGAAAGAUCUUCACAUGUCUUCUACCAGCCUUACAUGCAAAAUCAGGGCAUUCCUCCAGCCUACUGCCUAAGCCUGCAAGAGCAUCAAAGAACACUGGUCCCAGCACCUUUAAUCCCACCAAGUCCAGCCCUCCUUCAUCCAUACCACUACAGAUACGGCCACUCUUUUCUUCCAGUUCCACCACUGCCUUACGGUCUUUAUGGUCCUCCAGAACAUCCUUCGUCCUUACAAGGCCAGAGGUACGUCCCAGUACAUAUGUUCCCGCACAGCUUUGAGUCCAGGGACUAUAGGGGGUACGGUUAUCUCCAGACGAGCCCCUACAACAGAGUAUCAGAUACCAGGGAGGACCAACAGCCUGGAGGGGACCGGACCACACGCCAGAGCCCCAUGGCUGGCUGUGCUGCAUCUGGGUCUCCAGACAGGCCGGGUGUUGCAGAAUUCGCCCAGCACCGUUCUGCCAACCCACAGAACUCUACCUGCCAAUCAGACUGCCCCACUUCAGGAAAUAGACCAAUUACAGAACCUGAUAGGAUUCCGUGUAGCCAGCAGCAAGAGGGUGGUGAACAAAAGCAAAAACGCGCUGAAUAUUCAUCAGACGAAGCUGUGAAUGAUGAGAGCGAUGGCAAAACAGCUCCAUUAAACCUGUCCAAGAGAAAGAGGAACAGGUCUCUCUCCACAGUCCAUGAAUCCGACACGGAUAUCAGCUCUGACUCUGAAGCCGAAGCCCCUCUCAACCUCUGCCUCCGUGCUCUUUCCAGCAGUCCGGUUAAAUGGCCCCCCACCAGUUCUGAGCUCCAAAAACACGUCAAUACCAGGCAGGUUCAGACCACGCCGUCCGACCAGGAGCAGUGUGACCGCAGACACUCGGCAGCUUUUGCUCUCUGCCAGCUUGCCAGCUCUAGCAACAUCAAUGCUGCCGACCCUCCAUCGGCACCACAAGUGGACACUCAAAGACCAAAUUGUCCAGAGCUUUCUGCAACACAUUCGGGCACGGAAAAGUCUGAGCAGAGCACUUUGUCCAGGGGGAAGAAACGAGCAAGUGAUGAGCCCAAGAAAAAGAACAACAAGAGAUCAAGAGUGAAAGAGCUGGUCUGAGACCAGAGAUGGAGAACACAGAACUGCUAA